AUGGGAAGGUGUACCUCUCCAGGUGUACCUCUCCAGGUGUUGCUCUCCAGGUGUUCCUCUCCAGGUGUUCCUCUCCAAGUGUUGCUCUCCAGGUGUUGCUCUCCAGGUGUUCCUCUCCAGGUGUACCUCUCCAGGUGUACCUCUCCAGGUGUUCCUCUCCAGGUGUUGCUCUCCAGGUGUACCUCUCCAGGUGUACCUCUCCAGGUGUUCCUCUCCAGGUGUACCUCUCCAGGUGUUCCUCUCCAGGUGUUCCUCUCCAAGUGUACCUCUCCAGGUGUACCUCUCCAGGUGUUCCUCUCCAAGUGUUGCUCUCCAGGUGUUCCUCUCCAGGUGUUCCUCUCCAAGUGUUGCUCUCCAGGUGUUCCUCUCCAGGUGUACCUCUCCAGGUGUUCCUCUCCAGGUGUUGCUCUCCAGGUGUACCUCUCCAGGUGUACCUCUCCAGGUGUUCCUCUCCAGGUGUUCCUCUCCAGGUGUUCCUCUCCAAGUGUACCUCUCCAGGUGUACCUCUCCAGGUGUUCCUCUCCAAGUGUACCUCUCCAGGUGUUCCUCUCCAGGUGUUCCUCUCCAAGUGUUGCUCUCCAGGUGUUCCCCUCCAGGUGUACCUCUCCAGGUGUUCCUCUCCAGGUGUUGCUCUCCAGGUGUUGCUCUCCAGGUGUUCCUCUCCAAGUGUUCCUCUCCAAGUGUUGCUCUCCAGGUGUUGCUCUCCAGGUGUUCCUCUCCAAGUGUACCUCUCCAGGUGUUGCUCUCCAGGUGUUGCUCUCCAGGUGUUCCUCUCCAGGUGUUCCUCUCCAGGUGUACCUCUCCAGGUGUUGCUCUCCAGGUGUACCUCUCCAGGUGUUGCUCUCCAGGUGUUGCUCUCCAGGUGUUCCUCUCCAAGUGUUCCUCUCCAGGUGUUCCUCUCCAGGUGUACCUCUCCAGGUGUUCCUCUCCAGGUGUACCUCUCCAGGUGUUGCUCUCCAGGUGUUGCUCUCCAGGUGUACCUCUCCAGGUGUUGCUCUCCAGGUGUUGCUCUCCAGGUGUUCCUCUCCAGGUGUUCCUCUCCAGGUGUUCCUCUCCAGGUGUUGCUCUCCAGGUGUUCCUCUCCAGGUGUUCCUCUCCAGGUGUACCUCUCCAGGUGUUGCUCUCCAGGUGUUCCUCUCCAGGUGUACCUCUCCAGGUGUUGCUCUCCAGGUGUUCAGAGGUAUCCGACUUUUCUUCUCCACAAAAUGAACAAACAGCAACAUUUGCUGAAAAUGAUGUAUAACUCUGUAGUAUUUCACCACUCAGUGCACUCUUAAUAAGGCAGGCUGGUAUUUUUCUGCCAAGGAACCCUGCAGAGUUAAGUGAUGAUCUGCAUCUGUCUGUCUCUGAGCUAUAUCACUCUAAAACAGACUAAUGGAUUUGGAUGAAAUUUCCAGUGAAGCUCAGAAAUGACUCAAGGACCAAGUGAUCAGAUUUUAGCAGUGAUGCAGCUUAUAGUCUGGAUCCAUGGAUUGGUUAAAGAUUUCUGUAUCAUUUUUAGAUAGCAACACGGCGUCACUGUAACCAUGACAACCAGUGAACACUACAUCAGCUGAUUGUGAUCCUACUACAAAUCCACCUCUGAGGACCACAAAUUCUUCAAAGAUUUCAUCCGUCAGAAAUGAUCCAGCGACUGAGCAGCCUUGGUGGAGUACUGCGAUCUCUGAAUGCUUUCUUUGUUUUAAAUGUGACGGCUGUAUGUUAGAACUCUUAAACUUUAAAUUCCAUGCAAUAAGACAUGGUAUUCAUGAUACUCUGCAAAUCACUUCAGUUUCUGGCAUAAACAGAGUAAAAUGAUAGUGAUUGAAAGUUAUCUGUUACAAAUACCAUGAACUAAUGAAGUUUCUAAUCAGUGUUCUAUCAGCUGCAACAUUUAUGGGUUUACUGAUCUACAGCUCAACAGGUUUGCAGAUAUAACACACAUCCUUAGCUGACAGUCCGUUACCAUGGUGAUCUGGCAGGCUAAAAGACAGACACCUUUGUGAGACUUCAUACCCAGUAUACCUCGCUGACCCUUUAAUCUUGCUUCAUAUUGUGGCAGUCUGAGGUUCACUGAUACCCCCAACCAACACAUAACAAUCAUACAACGUUUCUGCUGACAGUUCCACUUGAAUGUGCUUCAAACACUGAGCUAAAAGCUAAAAAGUAGGAUGACUAACAAUAUUUUCAUCUGUCAGUCAUUUCCUCAAAUAAUCCGUUGUUUGGUCUGUAAAAUGUCAGAAAAGCCCAACCUGACAUCCUCAAAUGUGUUGUCUGACACUUUUAGUUUCUAUGGAGUCAUUUGAUUCCCUGUUAAUAUGGUACCCACGUUUUCUUCCAUCCUUAUACGCACUCACCGCAUACAAGAACAUGAAAAGUAGAAUUUUUUUCUUCCUUGUGUUUUUUUCUGUGUACUCUUUAACUCGCCACACAAGCAGCCUCUGAUGUGACUCCCCUUGCUCGCCCUCGCUGUGGACGCUAUCUGCCGUCUGGUCGUUUCCUCCUGCAGCUUCAGCCUGUGGGGGAAGAAUCACCAUCCUGCUGAUGAAACCUGUACAGCAGAAGCAUGAGAAGGACCACAUGGCCGCGUGCCUCAAGGUCUUUGCUUUUAAUUUGCAUCUUAAAUGCUAAACUCAACCCAUCAGUGGAGUUUAGGAGAAACGUGAGAUCGACUUCAAAGUGUGACUAAUAAAUGGACAGAGAGAUGUCCUCCCCAUGGCUCUGAGAAAAUAACGCUAAUGUCCUGUCAGGAUGCCUUACAUUCAGAUCUGAGAACGUUCCAUGGCUUCAGUGUAAAACAGCCAUCCGGAAAGUCUUCCCUACAUCACUCACUUUGCAGGUUUGGCUAUUUCUUUGUGUUAUUUGGAAACGUGUUUUUUUGAGUCUACAGAUGAAGAUGUGUGCUGCAGUGAACUCCACUCGUUUUUUGGAGCAACUGCUUCCAAUAUGUCACUUUGUAAACAGUUUGUGAAAGCGAUGGGAACGGCUUUGUGCGCUGUACAAGAAACCUCAUCACUGAUGUUUUCAGGGUUUCCAGGAAAUACACCAUGCUGCUAAACAAAAGCAGUUGGCAGCUUUUACGUCAGACUGUGGCUAGCAGAGGAACAAAUACAUUUGGAAUGCCUGUGACAGACGGAGCUGUUGUAUUUCAUGGUAAAAUGAUCAGAGCCCAUCACCAUGUGAACUUUCAAAGGAAGGCACAUGUACAGGCCUUCUGGAUUGGCUCAGAGCUGGAACGUAAUGGAUCCUUGCCUGUGCACUAAACGCCUCUUUGGUUCUCAUAACCACAGAGAUAAGCUGAACUCCUGCUGCUCUUCCACUGUCACACCUAUCAUAGCAUUUUGCAGUGUCUGUCAUUCCAGCAAAACUGAGCAAAGAUUCUGACCAAACACACAGAAAAGACAAACAGAAACAUUUCCACUAAUCAGCAAGUAUCUGUGAAAUCCUUGUGAAGUUCCAGAUAGAUUCUCAGCAUGCUCCACCACAAACCCUGGUGAAAAUGUAAAGCGAAAAUGUCGUAUGUCAUUUUGGUCUGGGUGAAAGCAGGCCCUUAAACCACGGCGGUGAGGCUGCCCCUCCUUUGGGCGGGGUGGCAAAGAUGACCUCUGCUUGGUAGGAAGGCCAUAAUAGCAUCUGUGCUCUGACAGUGUGUCAUUACACACUAUAUUUACAUGAAACACACCAAGCAGGGGUGGUAGGUCACGUUGUGAAGCUACAGGGGGUGAAGAUGCUCUGCUGUAUGUCCAACCAUACAAGCAGAGAUUACUGGAGGCUGUAGAACGGCUCAGCCUGUCAUGUGGCCUGCUGUGCAUUCUAAGGGUUGCUGAGGCAUGUUCUACAGCAUGUGAUUAUAUUUAUUCAGCAUCCAUUGGCUAUUUGACUUUGAUAGGGACAGUUUGUCCUGUGGUUGAAGGAAGAUGUGGGGACAUACAUUCUGUGAGGUGGACUCAUUUCAGUUUAGCAUCACUGAGGCUUGUUUGCUCUUUUCUUACAUCGUUGUGUAAAUUAAAUGGAGAACUCAUUCCUGAGGAACAUGUUCAUUUCCACUGAUAAGAAAAGCAUUACUGGUUCUAUUAAAAACAACAAAUGAGCAGUACAUCUGCCGUGACAGAACAUGACUGCUGCUAAUGCGUCUGUCAGUCAAAUCAGCGUUACUGAAUUAGAUCAUGACAUGUUUUUAUCUAUUAAUGUCAAAGAAAAGUGAACACAUCUUUUGUCAACAUAACGACACUUCAUGUUAUCUCACUACCAGUCAGAAGUUUGGACACACCUUCUCAUUUAAUGUUUUUUCUUUAUUUUCAUGACGAUUACAUAGUCCUUCCACAGCCUGGAGGUGUGUUUGGGCUCAUUGUCCUGUUGGAAAAUAAAUGAUGGUCCAACUAAACCAAACCGGAUGUCAUGUGGCUGCAGGAUGCUGUGGUAGCCAAGCUGGUUCAGGGUUCUUUCAGUUUGGAAUAAAUCCCUGAGCUGCUGUUAACUUGUCAUUUCUGAAGCUGGAGACUCAGAUGAACUUCUCCUCAGCAGCAGAGGAGACUCUUAGUCUUCCUUUCCUGGACGGUCCUCAUGAGUCAGUUUCAUCAGAGCACUGGAUGGAUUUGUGACUGUACUUGGAGAUACAUUAAAAGUUUUUGCAAUUUUCCAGACUGACUGACCUUCAGUUCUUAAAGUAACGAUGGACUGUUGUUUCUCUUAGCUGAUUGGUUGCUGCUAUAAUAUGGAUUCUAACAGUUGUCCAAUAGGGCUGUCAGCUGUGGACCAACCUGACUUCUGCACCACACAACUGAUUAGGAAGGAAGAAAUUCCAGAAAUUAACCGUGACAAGGAACACCUGUGAAAUGGGAACCAUUUCAGGUUCUACCUCAUGAAGCUCAUCCAGAGAAUGCCAAGAGUGUUCAAAGCAGGAAUCAAAGCAAAGGGUGACUAUUUGGAAGAAUGUAAAAUUUAAAACAGGUUUUGACUGAUUUUAAACUUUUUUGUUCAUGACAUAAUUCCAUAUGUGUUCAUUCAUAGUUUUGAUGCCUUCAGUGAGAAACGACAAUGUAAUAGUCAUAAAAAUAUAUAAACAAACAAACAAACAGCACCCUCCAUAAUUGGUUAAGAUGUGUUCUUUAGCUUCUAAUAAAUUCA